GGACUUCCGCUUACCCCGGAACUGUAGAAGGAUCAGGAGCAGUUAGUGCGAGCUUUCUCCACGCAGUGUUUGUUAUUGUGCAGUUAACUUGUUUUCAUCUCCUUUAUCAUCGAAAUACGAAAUACGUGAAUACUUGUGUUAGUUUACUGAGAAGUCAAAGUUAUGGCGCAAUAUAAAGGUGCGGCCAGCGAAGCUGGUCGAGCUAUGCAGCUGAUGAAAAAGCGUGAAAGAGAACGAGAGCAACUGGAACAGCUGAAGGCCAAGAUUGCAGAGGACAAUAUGGUGAAGUCCAACAUCGAUAAGAAGUUCUCUGCUCACUAUGAUGCUGUGGAGCAAGAACUCAAGUCCAGCACAGUGGGUCUGGUGACCCUGAACGACAUGAAGGCCAAACAGGAGGCCUUGGUGAAGGAGAGAGAGAAACAGCUGGCCAAGAAGGAGCAGUCCAAGGAACUCCAGCUCAAACUGGAGAAGCAGAAGGAGAAGAAGCGUAAGGAGGAGCAGAAGAGGAAGAUUGCCAGCUUGUCCUUCAACCCUGACGAGGGAGAGGAUGAUGAGGAGGAGGAGGAGGAGGAAGAUGAAGACCUGGAUGAGGAUGAGGAUCUGGAGGACUACUUUCCUGUGAAGAAGAAGAAACUGGGAAAGAACCCUGACGUGGACACCAGUUUUUUGCCAGAUAGAGACAGAGAGGAAGAAGAGAAUCGUCUCAGGGAAGAACUGCGGCAAGAAUGGGAGAGGAAGCAAGAGAAGAUCAAAAGUGAAGAAAUUGAAAUCACCUUCAGUUACUGGGAUGGCUCAGGUCACAGAAAAACAGUCAAGAUGAAGAAAGGCAAUACCAUCCAGAACUUCCUACAGAAGGCGUUGGAGAUCCUGAGGAAAGAUUUCAGUGAACUCAGAUCGGCAGGAGUGGAGCAGCUCAUGUACAUCAAGGAGGAUCUGAUCAUUCCUCAUCAUCACAGCUUCUAUGACUUCAUCGUCACCAAAGCCAGAGGCAAGAGUGGACCGCUUUUCAGCUUCGACGUCCACGAUGACAUCCGAUUGAUAAACGAUGCCACUGUAGAGAAAGACGAGUCUCACGCCGGCAAAGUGGUCCUGCGAAGCUGGUAUGAGAAAAACAAACACAUUUUCCCCGCCAGCCGCUGGGAGCCCUACGACCCCGAGAAGAAAUGGGACAAAUACACAAUCCGAUGAUGUUUCUCCUGCGAACCCUUUGUGACAUUCUGGUUUUUCAUUUCCAAUAUCAAAUUGUUGUAUUGUCUGCCUCAAGUACUUCUCAAAGCUGACAUUUACUAAAUUGCUUUAAACAAAGUAUAUGAGAAGGGCCAGAUCCGGUAAGCUGUAGAUGCCACAGAUUCACUGAAGAGAAUAGUUUCCUCUACAACAAGAUUUAUUACGAACUGUAUAUUUAUCUUUUGUUUUAUAUUUUUAAUUUCCUGGUAGUUUUACCAUAGUUUUACCUUAGACAUGUUUCAGUAAGCCGAUUUCCUCACAUUGUCAAAGAGGAAUUCAAAAAGUUAUGUCUCCUCUCCUCUCCUCUCCUAGUGAUGGCUACAUUUUUCACAUUAACAUUCAGACAUGUAUUCUAUUACUUGGCUGUGGACUGAACGUGAUGUAUCAUAUCCACCAAUAAAGACAAGAAAAAAUA